AUGAGCCAGCAGCAACAGAUGGCCAUGACGGGCAUGGGUGGUCCUGUCGGCGGUCCCACGCCUAACGCCCCGACACCGACAAACUCCAUGUCUGGCCUUGGCCCGCAGGACUACUCAAAGCGUCUCAACUCCGCCAUCUACGAAUAUCUACUAUGUUGCGGCAAGUACGACGCCGCCCGCUCGUUCAAGACGGCGAUGCCUAUCGAGUGGCCUGAGGGCGUCAAGCAGUCCCCCAACCAGAACCAGGCCAAUGGCGUUGACGUCGAAAUCGAGUCGCGGGACUCCCUCAAAGGCAAGCCCGACGACCUCCCACUACCCGUCGCGCUAUCGGAAGAACCAGGUCCGUUUCUCAUGGAUUGGUGGCUUCAGUUCUGGGAGCUAUAUCAAGGCAACCGCCGCAACGGCAAGCAGACUACCCUCAGCUAUGUCGGCCAGCAGCGCAUGGCGCAGAAGACCCGAACCGGCAUGAUGACUGCCAUAGACCCCAACGCAGCGCAACGGAACUUCAAUAUGAUGAACAACGGCAUGGGAGAUUUGAGACAGCAAACGGCCAUCAAGAAUAUGUAUGUGAAAGAUCAGCAACUCAAUCAGAUGAACAAGAUGAGAGCAGGCCAAGCUGGAGCAAACCAGAUGCCAGGUGCACCCAUGGAGCGACAAGGCUCGCAGAUGGACCGCAAUGGAUCUCCUAAUGCUGGCACCGACGCUCCUUCUCCCAAACGGCAGAGGAUCGAGGGCAACAUGAAUCAAAUGAACCAAGCUCGACCUGGACAGCCGGGUCAGAUGCAAGGCGGCCAACAGGUGGGUACCCCGUCCAACGCCCCACCCCUCUUCGAUACUCUUCCUGCACACACCCGCGAGUUGCUGCUCUCGAGGGGUCUCGAUCCCAGCACCAUGUCUCAAGAGCAACUCCAGAAGAUGUCCGCGCAACCCACUAACGUACAAGCAAAGUCUGUGGAGAAUUAUUCCCAAGCCAUCCAACAGCACAUGCAGGCCGCUAUGCAAAGAACAGGUUCUAACGCGAACAAGGGCAUGCCACCGAAUCCCGCAAUGGGUCCAGGCGGCGCACAGUCGAGUCCUAUGAAUCAGCAGGGCAUCGACGGCGCCGGCGGCGAAUUCUACAACAACCGAAUGGGCAUGCCACAGAACGGCGCUGCUGUAGCAGCUGCCGGCCAACAAGGCGCAGCCAACAACGGAAACCACGCACUACAAGACUACCAGAUGCAACUCAUGCUUCUCGAGCAGCAGAACAAGAAACGACUGCUCAUGGCACGUCAGGAGCAAGACAGUAUGGCUCACCCUAACGCGCCAGGCCCGAAUGGCAACAACUUUGCUCCGGGCAUGUCACCGCAGGGAAGCAGAGCUGGCGACCCGUCACCAAAUCCCAAUGAGAUGAACAGAGGUCGUGGAUCGCCAACCCCUGGCAUGAUGGAUCCUAGCGCUGUUCCAGGCAUGAGACCUCAGAUGGUUAUGGGUCCAAAUGGUCAGCCGGUGAUGAGGCCGCCAUCAUCACACCCGAUGGCCGGUCAGAUGACACAACAACAGAUGGAAAUGCUUCGUGCAAACGGUGGUAUGAUGCCAAACGGCGCCAACUGGCAAGGUCCACCAGGUGGUCCUCAGGGUCCAAUGAUGCCAGGUCAACAGCCUGGUCAGGGACAGCCAGGCCAACCACCAAACAUGACUCCUCGUCAAGGCAACAUGCCUCCACCACCGGCACCAGCAAAUGCCACUGGCACCCAACCCAGCAGUCCCGCACAGCCGCCUGCGCCGCCUACGCCUAGUCAAGGCAAUAAAGGAAAGCCAGCGAACAAGAAGGACGGCGCGAAGAAGAACGCCCCUGCUAACAAGAAGGGUGCCAAUGCUGCCGAAAGUCAAGAAGCCAAUGCGCCGCCAACGCCAACGCCGCCGCCACCGAUGACUCCUAACAAUGCUGCUUCGUUUAACAAGAAUGGACAGCUACCGAACGGCCAGCCAACGCCAGCACAGCAGAAUGCCAAUACGCAACCUCCUGGCGCACCUCCAGUGCAACAGCAGGUCCCAGACAUGAAUGCUGCGCCGUUUGGCAAUAUUACCGAUGAUGGAUUCGGCAACAUGGACUUUGCUAACCUGGAUAGCGGCGAUGUGCUCGAUAACUUCGACUUUGACAGCUUCCUGAACAACACUGGUGAUAACGAUACCCUUGGGUUCGACGCCAACUUCGCGUUUGGCGAUGCGGGUGCUGAAUUGGACACGAUGCAUUAG